AUGGUGGGCGUGGGAAUGAAUUUCUACGAUGACCAGAGCCGUCAGGACUUGACGCCCACUGAGGGGAACCGCACGUACGCCAUUAUCGUCUGCAUCUUUGCAUCGCUAGGCGGCAUUUUCUUCGGGUACGACCAGGGAGUCACGGGUGGCGUGCUCGUCAUGGAGUCGUUCCUCAAUGACUUUUGCGUGGGCUGGCAUGGCCAGACAAUGGCCGACUGUACUCGCGUGACUGCGCAGUUGCCGCAACGCUGGGUGGACUACACGCUAUGGUACAAUAUGACGUACAACAUUGGCUGCAUGGUAGGCGCGAUUGUGGGCGGAUGGAUUGCAGACAAGUUUGGCCGCCGGAUCACGAUUUUUCAGGCUGGAUCGCUCUUCUGUCUAGGCACGUCGUGGCUUGCAUUCUGUCCGAGUCACGCGCAUAGUUCACUGCUCAUUGCCCGGUUCAUCCAGGGCAUGGGCGUUGGAAAUUCGUCCUUCUCGCUGCCGUUGUUUGGUGCUGAGAUGGCGCCAAAGGAACUGCGGGGAUUUCUGUCAGGAUUCAUGCAGAUGACGGUCGUCACGGGACUGCUGUCGGCUAAUGUGGUGAAUUUGAUUGUGGAAAACCAUGAGCGAGGGUGGAGAAUCACGAACGGGAUUGCUAUUAUAGCGCCUCUUGUCGUUAUGCUCGGCAUCUUUUUCGUCCCGGAGAGUCCUCGGUGGACGUAUUUGCACAAGGGCAAAGAUGCGGCUUCGGCAAUGCUGAAACAGCUAAGGCAGACACGAAAAGUGGAUCGAGAAUUACGGGCCAUUGGUGCACAAAUUGCACGAGAAGGGCGGCCAGGAGGGCUAAAGGAGCUGAUGGAACCACCGAUCUUCAAGCGCGUGGUCAUUGCCAUGCUACUUCAGGUGCUCCAGCAGGCAACAGGAAUCAACCCGAUGUUUGCUUAUGGCGGUCUCAUCUUCAAGGAUAUCGUCGGAGACGGCAUUCUGUCCGUGCUCGUCAUUUCGAUUGUUAACUUCAUCGGUACCAUCCCUGCCAUGCGGUGGGUGGACACAUAUGGCCGUCGUCAGUUGUUGCUGGUUGGUGCCGUCGGCAUGGUUGUUGGUCACCUCGUGUCUGCUAUUCUGUUCACACUUGGCUGUGAUGGCAAUACUGAGAGUUCAGGGUGUUCAAAGUCCUCGGGAUAUGCGAUCAUUGUCGCAACGUCGUUCUUCGUCUUCAAUUUCGCCGUUUCGUGGGGACCUGUAAGUUGGGUCUAUCCAGCCGAGAUUUUCCCACUCAACGUGCGCUCUAUUGCUGUGUCCCUCUCGACGAUGGCGAAUUGGCUCAUGGGCGUGGUCAUGACUUGGGUGGUGAAGCUCUUCCCGUCGCUGAAUAUCAACGGCGUGUUCUUUUUGUUCGCCGGCACUUCUGUUCUGAGCGGCGUGUUCGUGUAUUACAUGUGUCCAGAGACCGCGGGUAUUCUGCUGGAAGACAUCGAGUCUCUGUUUAACGGAAGUGCUCGCCACAAGAACUCGUCGAAGGAAGUACAAGAGACGCCGUUCCAGUCCAUGCAGAGCUAUCACGCACCGGCAUUUGUGUGCAGCAAUUUUACUACGAUUGCGGCCUGCAAAGUCAAUCGAGGCAAACCUGAUAUCGGUAGGGACGUGCAGGCGAUGAAGCAGCUCGGAACAUAUUACCAGCACCGUCGGACAGUAUUGUAG